AUGAGUUCCCGUCAGCAUCGGGCAGAUACCGCCCCCGCCGUGUCCUCAUCGCAGCUGGCCGCCACCAACGAGGGCCUGUCCGAUGCACAUGCCAUCUCCUCCUCACAACUUAAGCACGAGCACCACUCCCAGGAUGGCGAGGAAAUGCAUCAUGGACCACCAGCCGGUCUGUCGCACAGAGACACAACCACCACAAACCAACAGUACCCAGCGUCGGCAGGGCGUUCAAGGUCGGCCGGCGGUUCUUCGUCCGGUGCACAUCUAGCCAAACUCGAGGACAGCGGCGACAUGUCGCCGUCCGGCGAAUUCUACGACGAUCGUUCCCCUGGCGGAGGUAAAGCUUCACGCGUAACGUCUAGGCGCGCACAGCAAAACAGAGAAGCGCAACGUAAUUUUCGUGAAAGACGGAAGAAUUACAUCAGGGAUUUGGAGGCAAAGUGCCAGAACCUCGCUGGGAAAGAGUUGCUCCUCCAGAAAACGGAUCAGCAGUGCCGGGAGUUCCAGAUGAUUGUCGACAGACUUAGCGCCGAGCGGGAUGUUUGGGUCCGGGAGAGGGAACUCUGGUGGAGGGAGCGCGAGGAGAUCUACCGCGCGGUCGAAGCACUGCGCUUGGAGGUGCGCCAAAGUCAGACUGAAAACCGUCGCCUUCGCGAGAUGGCUUGGACGCUGUGGAACGAUGUGGGAGGUCGGGACGGUGCAGCGCAGGCAGCCGAGCAGGCCGAUAAAGCAGGCGAAGACUCGAAUGUCAGUACAUCUAAGGUCGCUGAUGUUGAUAAGAUGGAUGUGGACGGAGAUCCGAGCACGCCGGCAACAGCAAAGCCAAACGAAGCAGCAGAGCCACCAAGUGGUUUGCCCGCUGCGCCGUUCUCCGGCGGUGACAUAGCCAUGUUAGGACACCUAACACCACAACGUGGAGAAAGGAGUGCUAGAGACACUGAUCAGGGAGAACUCUCGGCCACCGACAUCGCCCACGAUCUUCUGGCACUCUCUCGCGCAGGUUCCCCAACCCAUCGCUCUUCCCAUACAAAAACAAUAAUAUCUUCGGACAGCGGAACGGCCCUGUCAGGAACGGCUUUAGAUGACUUGAAGACGCGAAUGUCCUUCUGGGACGCGGAGCGCGAGAAUCUGUACAGGGCGGCGAGUGAGCGAGAACGAGAGCUGAUCCUGUCUUCGUUGGCCGGCGCGAGUCCACAGCCUGGCAUCACAGGCGCGGCCGCAGGAGGACUCAACGCCAUUAACGCCGCCCAGCUCUUUGCCCGUAUGGCAGCCGGGAUAUUCAAUGAUCAGCAACAACACCAAGCUCAACUUCAGCUCCAACAGCAACAACAACAACAGCAGCAGCAGCAGCAGGAGCCGGUGAUAGUCGACGACGCACCGGAGAAUGAGCAAGCCAUCGAGGUCACGCCUGCGCCGACAUCGCAAGUGCCUGGCUUUCAGAUAAACGACCAGUUGCGUGAAGCGACUAUCGAGCUCAAGCAUCAGUAG